AUGCUGGUCAUGCUAGUGAAUAAGCAAAAUCAGAAUGCGUAUGUGCAGGUUGCAGUGCUCUUUCCCCUCACACGAACCACUGGUCUCACUAAACAACGCACCAAUGCGGUAACAGUGAUCUACAAAUCAGUUGACCGCCUCAAACGCAUCAAUGAACCAGUUCACCUCGACAUUGCUACCGCCUUAAUCCUACCUGUCAAAGUCAUUCGGCAGUUGUCUGUCACUGUCUCCAAAUCGUACACCACUACUGCUCACAUGGUCGUGCUGGUAACACUUGGCAGCAUUUGGCGAGCUCAAGUUCGUAUGAUUUUUCACUCGAUUCCAUUUGCAUGUAUCGAUGUGGUCCAGCAGAUCAAGGACGAGCUCCUUCAACUACACGCACAAGCUGAAAAUCACAAACAAUUGUAA